AUGCGUAGAUUCACGGGAUGUGUGAUACACAUGCUGCUAAUGUGCAUACUCGUCAGUGCUACUCGUCAUGGGGUUGCUCUAUCGCGAAAUAGAACGAAGAUGAUAAGUUUUGAGAUUUCAAGCUUGGACUUUCCUUACCUUUUUCUUUCAAAGCAAGUUCAGCAAGUGGUUGAGCUCAAAGUUGGUAAGGUGGAUUACAUUGAGGAGGAAGCAGAUGGCCAUGAGAUACCUUGGGACAUUGAUAUCUUGAUUCUCUCAGCACAGGAUUAUAAGAUUGUCAAACUCGACAAAGAGAUAAAGUUGUUCGUUUCGCUAGCAUCUGACGAGAAAUUACAACAUUUGUCUCUCACUGACCCUAUUACGCCUCCUGAUUUUGAUACCGAACAAUACGAUUUGGAUAAAAUACUUUCCAAAAAUCUGAAUCAUUCUUUGAUUUCGUCGUUCACACUUUCUCCCAAAAACGUCAUUGGUAAGCAUCCUCUUGAAACCCCGGGAAACUACUGCAUCGUAGCGUUCCUCAAUCAUCCGAAAGAGAAUGCGUUUGUCGAAGUCGAAAUCACAUUUCGGGAAUCUCAUGGUGAACUGAGCAGAAAAGAUUACAAGUUUAUGCACAAUUGUCUCGCAAUUAGCUUCAUAUACGUCAUCGGUUCUUUCUUGUACAGUCAUUAUGCCCUUUUCAAGAACAGGGAUUCCAGCAUCGACUUACAGACUAUUGGUCAUCCAAAACGCACACUUGCGAAUCGAGAAAUUCAAGUCCGGAUCCUGACGUACAUCUUUCAAAACUUUUUGUAUUACUUUCUAUUAGCUGCCAUUCUUUACCAGUUGAACAUGGAUGAUCCCAACAAUACGAGUAUCACUGGACUUGGUUUUCACCUUCUUUUGAAAGGUCUCUACUAUAACGGGUACUUCUACAAUGUUUUGCUGAUGUUUUCGGGUUAUUGUUUCACUUCAACUUCAAAAAAGCAGCGAUUUCUUUGGUUUAUCAGGUGGGUGACCAUCUUUAGUAUUAUCACACACUUAUUGAUAGCUGUGGACUAUGGGUAUCUUGAUUAUGAGAAGCCGGCCAUCAUAUUAGUAAUGUUUUCACUCUCGCUGCUCCAAUAUCUGGUGUGUUUCAUCUUUUGUUCCUACUUCUCGGUCAAAACAUAUUUUGGAUUGCUUUUACAGGAAAGAACGUCAACUGCAAACAAAUUCCUGGCAACGGGAUUAAUGGUUCCAUUGCCAUUUGUGCUUCAAAUCGCUGGUAAUUACCUAUAUUAUUCAGAAUUGAGUUUUAAUCCUGAACAAGCCAGGUCUUUCAAAGACGUUGUCCAUUUAGCAUCUACUUUGCUAAUAGCUUUUAUGUGGAAGGACACUUUUCUUGAAUCGGAAAAGGUUUUGAAGACAGAAUGA